GUUACCAUGGUUGCACAGCCCUCGUGCGCGCUCCCGUCGCCAAGGCAACGAGAUAGACAGAAGCAGGGCCCUAGAAGGCGGCAAUAGCUGUGGCGAUGGUGUCCAAACCUGUGCAUGGGCUGCCCUUGCUGCCGGGCUUCACCUUCGUCGACCCCACGAAAACUGCCUUUCCCCGAAACCAGACAUUGAGUUUCAAGAAUGGCUAUGCCUGCUCUCGAGUUCCAGCAGUGGGGCUCGGCAAAGAACCAAUCCACGUGAACCAGCUGUCCCAAACUGAUUUGGAUGAAUUAGCCAAUAAGAUACCUACGCUGACCUAUGAAGAACCCAGGCAAACUCCUCUUGCUGACUUUAUUCCUGCACAUGUAGCCUUUGACAAAAAGGUAUUGAAAUUUAAUGCAUAUUUCAAAGAGAUGGUCCCUCUGUCCAAUGUGGAGGAUUAUAGGAUCCGAAAGGUGGUCAUCUAUUAUUACCUGGAGGAUGACAGCAUGUCAGUAAUGGAGCCUGUUGUAGAAAACUCUGGAAUUCCUCAGGGAAAAUUCAUCAAGCGCCAGAGACUGCCCAAGAAUGAACGUGGAGACCAUUAUCACUGGAAAGACCUGAAUCGGGGUAUCAACCUUAGUAUUUAUGGGAAGACAUUCCGUCUUGUUGACUGUGAUCCUUUUACAAAGGUAUUUUUAGAGAGUCAAGGAAUUGAACUGAAUCCACCAGAGACAAUGGCUAUAGACCCUUACACGGAACUCAGGAGAAAACCGCUCCGCAUGUUUAUCACUCCAUCAGACUUUGACCAGUUUAAACAAUUUCUGACCUUUGACAAAAAGGUCCUCCGAUUCUAUUCAAUUUGGGAUGACACAGAUAGCAUGUUUGGAGAGAGUCGAACAUAUAUAAUUCAUUACUAUCUUGCUGAUGACACAGUGGAAGUUCGAGAGGUCCAUGAACGGAAUGAUGGGCGAGACCCUUUUCCAGUCCUGCUGAAGCGUCAGCGUUUACCCAAAGUCUUGAAGGACAAUUCAAAGUACUUCCCUCGGUGUGUCCUGGAAGUCUCUGAUGCAGAUGUAAAAGAAUGGUUCACUGCCAAAGAUUUUGCUGUGGGUCAGACUGUUUCUAUGCUUGGACGGACUUUCUUCAUCUAUGAUUGUGACAAAUUCACUCGAGAUUUUUACCAGGAUAAGUUUGGGUUUCCUGAAUUCCCAGUCAUUGAUGUGAGCAAGAAGCCACCACCUGUCAUAAAACAGGAAUUACCUCCCUAUAAUGGUUUUGGAUUCAUUGAGGAUUCUGCUCAGAAUUGCUUUGCCCUGAUUCCCAAGACCCCUAGAAAAGAUGUUAUCAAGAUGUUGAUAGAUGAUCACAAGGUGCUUCGAUAUACGGCUUCACUGGAAUCCCCUAUCCCUGAAGAUAAGGGACGGCGUUUUAUCAUAUCUUAUUUCUUAGCCACAGAUAUGGUCACUAUCUUUGAGCCACCAGUCCGAAAUUCUGGCUUCUUUGGGGGUAAAUACCUUACUAAGACUAAAAUUGCUAAGCCAGGAUCCUGUGUAGACAAUCCCUCCUAUUAUGGACCCGGUGACUUUUACAUUGGUGCCCUCAUCGAAGUUUUUGGCCACAGGUUCAUCAUCCAAGAUGCAGAUGAAUAUGUUUUGAAAUAUCUGGAAUGCCAUGCAGAUGAUUAUCCCCAAGAAACAAUCCUGUCCCUCAAAAAACAUUUCUCAAGACAGGGACCUUCUAUGACACAGGAACCUGCCAGUGGACAGGCUGAAGACACCAAAGACAAGGAGGACAAGGACAAGGAGAACAAGGAUGAAAUGGAAAUGCUAAUAAAGCAGAUCCAGGAAAGGCUCAAGGGCAGUAACUUCUUAAUUGAAGGCCCCAUCCGUGAAGCAUUUGAAAUUCUUGACAAAGAAAGAACAGGAUUUGUGGACAAAGAGAAAUUCUUUGGUAUUUGCAAAACUUUUAACCUGCCAGUUGAUGAUUGCCUUAUUAACCAGGUCUGUAUUAAGAAAAAUCACCAUUUAUAUUCUUUAGAACUGUAUUACUGUUUGUUAAUUCUAAGACUUCAAAAUAUCCACUUUUUCUGGGGAAAUCAAGUAUGUCUAAGAGGGUCAAAGGUUAUCUCUAAUUCAGUCCAAUGGAGGUAGCAGAAAGGUUCACUGAUAGUCAGUUUGUAGGAGUGAAGUCAUUAGCACCUGCCCCCCUCCUGGAUGUGGGAAUGAACAAGGUAGAGUGGCUGGAAGUUCAAUAUGGCAGACCCAAAUCAAAGGAUAAAUGUUCCUAAAGAAUGGGAGAGCCCACAGCCUGGGUUAAGCCCAACAGAAUGAUAGGGCAUUGCAGUCUCUGGCACUUUAUUGCUAGGACUUCCCUACUAGUACUGAGUGUUUCUUUACCAAAGCAGCAAAUGACAACUAUCCUGUGGUCCAUGCUUCUAUUGGAGAAGGUUGGACCUGGCCAACAGGAAGAAUGGAGGCAGCACCAUAAACUCGUUCUCCUAGGGCCAGUCUGCAAUGGAAUAUGGAGUAUGUUCUCCAUUUUAACCCUUCUUCAUUGUUCUUUUCAAGUUCAGAGAUAUGACUCUCUUUCUUACUGAUUUUUCCAUAUUGUGCUACCAAAAAGUCUGAGAGCCAGAAAAACAGGAUAUUUUAUGUGAAGCUUUUAAAAGUCAAAAUAAGCUUGGAAGCCUAACUAGGGACAGUAUGUACUAGAGGCCAGGGCUGAGAAAGGGACUGAGCUAAACUUGGCAAUACCAGAUAGGGUGUCAUGGGUCAGGGGAAGAACCAGUGUUAGGCCGAGGUUCCAUUUCUAUAUAUGAUCCAAAGACCUAGCUCUUCGAUUUACAAACUGACAGCACCCCAAUAGAGUUGUCUUUUCAAUAUGUGUUAAAAAUGCUAUUAUGGUUCCAUUUUUAUGUAAUAAACAUUUACACAUUACCCUCAUUUUGCGAGAGGCCUCUUGUAACAAAGUAAAACUAACAAUAGAGUAAGCUCACCUGAAAAUGCAUGCAAUAUUCUACAUCUGUAAAAUUAUCACAACCUAUUAAAAAAUUUUUUUAACAGAAA